GGACCUGAGUCACGCUGGUCUCUCCGACUCCAUCCCUGCCUGCAUUGCCAACCUCUCCUCCCUCUCCGUGCUCAAUGACAACAGCCUCACAGGCGACAUCCCCUCGUGGCUUGGCUCUCUCUCGCACCUGCACUCCCUCAAGCUGGGCGACAACCAGCUGGUGGGCAGUGUGCCAGUGGCGCUGUCAGAGCUUCCCGAAUUCCUGCACCUGGACCUCAGCAACAACAACCUCUCAGGGCCCUUUCCUUUCCCUCCCACAAUCAGCAUCGACAUCAACAUCGAGGGCAACAACUACCUCUGCCACCCGGAUAGAGCAUUCAACCUCCCCGCCUGCUCCAAUUCCGGCCUUCCAGUCACCUCCCCCUCUCCCUCCUCCUCUUCCUCCUCCUCUUCCUCCUCCCCUCCCUCCGACUCCUCCUCCUCUUCCGCCCCUGCUAUGAGCACUGUGGCGCUGAUUUUCCUCGUUUUAGGCAUAAUCCUGGGCAUCUGUAUAGUCGCGGCGGCGACUUUUGUCUUGUGGCGCUGGCAGAAAAUGCAGAGGGCUAGGCGGGCGGCAGAGGCGUAUUCGGGGGGGAUGGGAUUGGAUGGGGAGGAGAAGGCAGGGAAGGGGGGGAGUGGGGAGGGGAAGGGAGGGCGGGGAGGGUGGGAUGAGGAAGGGAAAGGAGGAAGAGGGGGAGGAGGGGGAGGAGGGGGAUAUGAUGGUAAAAGGCAAGGGGAGGCGUUGUUGGGGCAUGAUCAGGUGGGGUUGGUUCAAGUAAUUGUUGAUGGUAAUGGGGAGAAGGGAGGAGAUGGAAAAGUAGCAGCAGCAGCAGCAGCAGCAGCAGCAGCAGCAACAGGGGCAGCAGCAACAGGGGCAGCAGGGUUAGGGUCUUUCUCUGCAGAAGCACCUGCAGCAGUGCCAGCAGCAGCGCCAGCAGCAGCAGCAGCAGCAGCAGCAGCAGCAGCAGCAGCAGCAGCAGCAGCAGCAGCAGCAGCACCGGCAGCACCAGCAGCACCAGCUGUGGACUCGAUGAUCCUCUUUGUCUCUCCAGGCUCCCACGUGCGACGAUUCUCCCUCGCAGACCUUGCAGCAGCCACUGCCAACUUCCACCCCUCCCACAUAAUCGGCUCAGGCGGGUUCGGACCCGUGUUCAAAGGCAUUCUCCCUGACGGCCGGAUGGUUGCUGCUAAGAAGCGCGACGAGGACUCGUUACAAGGCGAGAAGGAGUUUUAUAACGAGGUUGACCUGCUGUCCCGCGCGCGCCACCCGAAUCUCGUGGAUCUGAUUGGAUUCUGCCGGGAGAGCGGGCAGCAGGUGUUGGUGUACGAGUUCAUGCCGCAUGGCACUGUGAGGGACCAUUUAUAUGAUUCCAUUGGGAACCCUCUCGGGCAUCUGCGGUGGCUGCAGCGCCUUCACAUCGCUCUGAAUGCCGCUAGAGGAAUCGAGUACCUUCAUACGGGCAUGACCCCCCCCAUCAUCCACCGGGACAUCAAGACCAGCAACAUUCUCCUCGAUGCCAACCUGAGAGCCCACGUGGCCGACUUUGGGCUGUCCAGGGAGGGCUCUGUGAGCCGCACCCACGUGUCCACCAACGUGAAGGGCACAGCUGGAUACCUCGACCCUGAGUAUUACACGGUGCAGCAGUUAACGGAUCGCAGUGACGUGUUCAGCUUUGGAGUGGUGCUGCUGGAAUUGAUUUCCGGGCGGCAACCGAUCGAUCUGAACCGUCCAAGAGAUGAUUGGAGCAUCAUUGACUGGGUGCGGUCGCGGCUGCAGCAGGGGCAGAUAGAAGCGAUAAUAGACCCGACCCUCUCCCCAUCCGAAUUCGACAUUGAAGUCAUGUGGCGCGUGGCCGAGGUGGGCGUGGUGUGGUGUGUGCUGCCACUAAUCCUUUCACCCCUUGCCCUGCCCUUCCCUCCCCCUAUGCCCCACGGCCUAUGCCCUCUGCAGGUACGCUCCCGGCUGCAGCAGGGGCAGAUAGAGGCCAUAAUAGACCCGACGCUCUCCCCAUCGGAAUUCGACAUAGAGGUCAUGUGGCGGGUGGCAGAGGUGGGCGUGGUGUGCGUCGAACCAAAGAGCUUCAACCGCCCGAGCAUUUCGGACGUUUGCUUCGAGUUAAACCACGCCAUCCAGCUCGAGGCGGCUGCCGGCCACCCGCCGCCCGGGUUGGGCCACUCGAAUAUCACGUUUGCGAGCAGCGGGGAGGGGAGCAGCAGCAGCGGAUUGGGGGGGAGUCAGGGGGUGAUGAGUGCCGGGGAUGGGAGCAGUAGCGGGACCGGGAGUGGAGGGGUGGGAGGAGGGAAUGGGAGCAGCAAUGCGGCGAUACCUGUGUCGUACCAACCAGGGGGGAUGGAAGGAGGGGUGGUUUCUGCUGCUGCUGUUGCUGUUGCUGGCACGGGUGCUAGUGGAAAUACUCCCAGCCUUCCUCCACUUGCCUACAACACAGCAGGAGCACCAGCAGGGUCGCGGUCUUACACUCGGUUCAGCAAGCCACGGGCCACUAGGGGGUGGACUGCUGUUGAGCCGUCUCAAGAGCGUUAA